AUGAGCGAUCCCGUGCGCGACCAACGCUUCCAGAAAGUGCACAAUGACCCGAGAUUCGCACGCAAUUCGAAGCGCAAGAGCAAACUGCAGAUCGACCGGCGCUUCGCAGGUGCCCUCAAGGACGAGCGAUUUCAGAGCGUACAGGGCAAGUACGACAAAUACGGACGUCGUAUCGAGAAAAAAGACAACGAAUUGAAGAAGUUUUACCGUUUGGACGAGGAGGAGGAGGAGGAAGAAGAAAACGACGAUGAAGGCAAGUCCAAGGCUCCAUCGACCACUAGCUCCGACGACGACAAUGAAGACGCGGACGCCACCGUUUCCAAGAACAGCGAGAAGAUCUCGCGUCUCGACUACCUGAAUCGCAUGGCACGUGGUGAGCUUGAGUCCGGAUCGGACAGCUCUGAUUUCAAUUCAGAGGACAGUGACGAUGAAGAGGUUGGAGCUGUUGCCAAGGAGGAGGAAGAAGACAUCCCCAUGGGAGAUGAGACCAAGCGAUUCGCUGUGCUCAACUGCGACUGGACACGUAUCCGUGCUGUGGAUCUAUUUGCUCUAUGUCAGUCGUUUGCACCUGCCACAGGUGCAGUGCAGAAUGUGACGAUUUAUCCGUCCGAUUUUGGUCUUCAGAAAAUGAAAGAGGAGGAGCAGCAUGGACCUCAAGGUCUCUGGGACGACAAGAACAAAGCAGAGAGCUCUGAGAACGAGGAGAAACUGGAAGCCGUUGAGAAGGAUGACAAGGACAGCACGGAGGAGGACGAGAAGGCUGAAAACACUGCUAGUGAUGACGAAAACAGCGAUGCGGAAGGAGAGGAGGACUACGACUCGGAUGACCCUCUCGGAGUUAAGAAGAGCGUGACGAUUGAAGGCGAAUCCGACGGCUUUGACCGCGAGAAACUGCGCAAGUACGAGCUGCAGAAACUGCGCUAUUACUAUGCCGUUGUGACGUGCGACUCGGUCAAGACAGCCAGCACGAUCUUCGACCAGUGCGACCAGCUCGAGUACGAGACCUCGUCCAACGUUCUCGAUCUCCGCUAUGUGCCGGACGACACGACCUUCUCGAAUCCACCAAAGGAAUCAUGUGACAGCGUCCCUGACCGCUACAAGCCCGCAAUCUUCGCUACACUCGCGCUGCAGCAAACAGAUGUGAAGCUCACGUGGGAGGAGGAUGACGAGCAGCGGCUGGAGCUUCUCACGCGUCCAGCAGACUGGAAAGACGCUCAUGACGAUGACUUCAAGGCGUAUCUGGCCUCUGAUGUGUCGGAUGCCUCUGAAGCUGAGAACGAUAGCGACAGCGAGGGAGAAGAGCAGAAAGAUGCAGCAGCUCCAGACAGCAAGAAAGAGGCCAAGAAUGAAGCCACGAUCAAGAAGCUGCGGAAUCGCUACAGGUCGAUGUUGCUGGGUAGCGAUGCAGAGGAGGAUGACGACAGCGAUGACGCCCCCGAGGGAGGCUUGGGAGCUAGCAGCGAUGACGAGGAAGGAGACGGAGAGAUGGAGAUGUCGUUCACCCCUGGAGCGAGUGACGUAUUGAAGGCCAAGCGACAGAAAGAACUGGAAGCGAACGAGACGCCCUUCGAGCGCUAUACACGUGAGAAGAAGCAGGAGAAGAACCGUAAAUUACACGAGAAGCGCACGCGACAGAAGCAGCUGGAGCGUGAGCAACGUGAAGUGCUCAAGAAAAAAGGUCGUGGCUCCAAGGAGGCGAAUCUUCUGCGUGAGGCUAUCAAUGGUGGCGAUAGUGGCGACGGUGGCGACAGUGACAGUGACGAGGGCGAGCGCAACUUUGACAUGAAGAAGAUCACUAAGAAGGAGAAGGUCAAGUCUCUCAAGGGCAAGCGACGCGCCAAGGAGAUGAAGAAGCUAGCCAAGCAUAAGACCGCUGGAGGACUUCAGGAAGGCUUCGAGUUCGACGCAGCCGAUCCGCGUUUCGGCGCGCUGUAUGCCAAGGGCUCGCAGUUCCAACUGGACCCGACGGACCCCAAGUUCAAGAAGACGGAGGCCACGCAGGCUAUUUUCAAGGAGCGACGGCAACGGUACGACCAAGACGCGACGCAGGACAAGAGUAUUAAGGCAUAUGCGACUGCGACCAGUGUCGAUACCAACAAACACUCGCUGAACGCCAUGGUGGAGAACCUCAAGCGGAAGUCGCAGCAGCAGAGCACAAACAAGACCAAAAGGCACAAAAAGAGCAAGGCUUAA